UGCUGCAAGCCAAACAAGACAAAACACACGGAAAAGAGCAAGUUUCAGGGAGGACGUGGAGAAUUUUGGACCCUCACGCGCCGCUGCUUGGAAUGCAAAAUGGUAGCGCCGCUGUGGAAAUCAGUGGGGCGGUUCCUCGGUAAAUUAACCAUAGAACUACCACGUGACCCCGCCAUCCCACUCGCAGAUAUCUACCCAAAAGCAUUGAGAAGAGGUGUUCCCACAGAUCCGUGUAGGGGAAUGUUCACUGCAGCGCUAUUCCCAAGAGCCAGAAGGUGGCCAUCACCCAAACGUCCAUGCACUGGUGAACGGGUGGAUACGCAGCGUGCGGUCUCUCCAUACCAGGGAAUCUCGCUGAGCCGCGAAGAGGAAUGCAGCGCUGAUUCGUGCUGCCACGGGGACGAACCACAGCGAAAACGUGAUGCUAAGUGAAAGCAGCCAGGCACCAAAGGCCACCGCUUUAUGGUACGACUCCAUCUGGAGGAAGUCUCCAGAAGAGGCCGACCUCUGUGGACAGGAAGCAAGAGUGGUUGCCUGGGUGCUGGCCGGUGGCGGGCUGGGGUGGGUUUGCGGGGCGGUGGAGGAGUCGGGGUUAGGGGUCGGGUGGGGCCGGCGGGUGGGGAGCGACGGCCGGACGGGCACAGGGGUUUCUUUUUGGGGUGGCGCCAACGUUUUGGAAGCGGGUAGUUGCGACGGUUGCCCGGCCCCGCGGGUGUCCACUUGGUGGCAGUGGGUCGUCCCCACGUCUGUUGUUCUUCUCCGUCCAGGCUCCCAGCCAGGGGCAAGGGAACGCUCCCUCGAAGAGAGGGUCCAGGGCGCAGCGCGAGCAGGCUCGUGCCCGCGCCCUUUCUUGGCGGGCCCAGGCCCGCCACUUCCGGCGGCCAAUGGGAGAGCGGUGACCUCACCGGAUCUACCUGUCACGGCGCGUGCGCCCAGACCAACUGGGGGGCCGGCCCGACGUCGCUAGGAUACCGAGGAGGGGCCUGAGUACCGGCCGUCUUGAGAGCUUGGGGCGCCGCCGAGCCUUCGCACCUCGCCUCGCCGAACCUCACCGCACCUGGUCCCGCCGGUGGCACCUCUCCUCACCGCACCGCACCGCGCCGCGCCGAGCCGCGCCGAGCCGAGCUGAGCCGAGCCGAGCCGAGCCGAGCCGGAGGCUCCGCAUCCCACCGCGCCGCCCAAGAGCUAGGCCCGUCGGAGGAGAACGCGCAGCCCACGCCCAGCAUGCCGGGGAAUCGCAGCCGUCGUCGUCGAGGGUCCUCCCACGGCCAGGGCCGGCCCCGCUCCCGCACCGCCCGAGCGCAGCUGUCGUUUUCCGUGAGCUGGGUGGAGCACCUCCUGCGGGAGGGCCACUACGCCCGGCGCCUGAGCCCCUCCGCCCCGGUCUUCCUGGCGGCCGUCAUCCAGUACCUGACGGCCAAGGUCCUGGAGCUGGCGGGCAACGAGGCCUGCAAGAGCGGCAGGAGGCGCAUCACCCCGGAGCUCGUGGACAUGGCGGUCCACAACAACGCGCUGCUCAGCGGCUUCUUUGGCGCCACGACCAUCUCCCAGGUGGCCCCGGGCCGGUAGUAGCUGCCCAGCGCGACCCGGGUCCCCGGGCCGACCGACCGUCGGGCCCCAGGCCCGCUCACAGCCCCGGGGCGGCCCCAGCCUGUCUGGGGCCUCGGGCAC